AUGGCAACUGAGUAUAUCGACGGACCAAAACCGGAACAAUUCCCGUUCGAAUUCCUCCUCCGCCAUGUCGACGAUGAACCCACCAUUGCCGACUAUCGUUUUUUCCAGCAGGCUGCCACUGGCAUUAUUGAGACCGCUUUAGGCUUUGCAGUUCUUGGCGAGGUCGAAGGCGCUACCAAGCUCCUCGAAACUCUGAAGAAUCGAGGGCUCGAUCCCUUUGACGUCCUGGGUCACUCAUAUCCGUUCCUCAAACCCUGCAUGUACUUUGCAUGGGAGGCGACCUCAUCAUGGCCUUCAUGGAUACCCGACGACGAACAUACCGAAAAAAAGCUUGAGGAACUCGAGACUGAGGGACGAACCCCAUGGCUCGAGAGGUUCAACGAGGAAUGGCAAGUCUCAGAAGAGACGGCCAAGAAGGCACUGGACAUGGCGUAUCAAGGGAUUGCAACUGUACUGCCCGACUACAAUGGCACGUUGGCUGGACAGGUUGCACAGGCAGAAAUCAUGUGGAAGAAUGGGGAGUUCUCUUCUGCGGCGAACCCCAACGGACCUAUGGCGGUCCGUUAUUCCAAACUGGCCAUGUGGUGGCGCCAGGGCAUCUAUCCGUACCCCUAUGUUCAGGUAUACCGAACGGCUGGAUUGAUGAUUGCCCUAGACAUCUACCUGCGACUGGGUCAAGAUGGAGAGGCCCAGACUACAUUCGAGAGGAUCUGUGGGAGAUUUCAGUAUGAGGAACAAGUUGAGCAACUAGCGUGCUCACGCAUAGCUUGGAAGAAGCUCUUGACAACACCUAGCCGACCUAUUCUCGAUCUUCUCCAGAUUCAUCCAGCGAAACUCAGGCCGGCGGUGACCCGUGCCCUGCAAAUGGCCGAGCAUCGUUUGGGGCAUGGACCAAAGCGUCGAUACAAGGGCGAGAGUAUUGAGAAGCUGGUUCACACCAUCAGUGCAAACACAUUCCACAACUGCCCGUACGACGUACUCGCAGUGUAUCGUCCGCCAGAGAAGCCCCGGUCUCGGCCUGAAGAUGCCCAGGGCCUUUUACGGCCACCUUGUUCCCCAUCAGACAUCGCAGACCUGGAGAAGCGACUGGGAGUCACACUUCCCGAGGACUACAAGGAAUUCCUCAGCGUCACCAAUGGACUGGGAUCUAUGUGGAACGGUCAGAAUCUGGUCGAUUACUUGGUUAAAUCCGAGGAUAUCUGCUGGCAGGAUAUCGACUUCCUUGAAGGGAAUUGCAUUCCCUUGCUACGCGACGACGAUCCAUCACCUUGGGCUGAUAACAGGCUGGACUGGCCUGAAGUUGGGAGCUUCCAGGCUAUAUGUCUUUCAGGCGAUCAAAACAGCGAGGAAUCGAAUGGCCACCUCUUCCUCUUACCCCCAGAGAUGGUCCAAGAGUGCAAGGACUACUUCUUCAAGGAGUAUGAGAAGAGGAACGAUUCCCAGCGGCGUGAACUGGACCGUGUGGUGGAGGAGACUUAUGGAAGCAUGGAAAGCUUUCGAAACUUGGAGUACGCUCUUAUCAGUUGGACGCCGUGGGACAUUGAGUUUUAUCCCUACGGUGGUAUCAAAGAUCUCCUUGAGCGCAUGGCUGAAGCGGCAUUGCACAAGGACAGGCCUUGGCUGAAUAUAUUCGAGCCAACAUUUCGCCGGCUUGCAUCAAGGGGCGAGUGA